AUGGCGGACGCACUCCUCUCCGCUUCACUUCAAGUUCUAUUCGACAGGUUGGCUUCUCCGGAACUCAUAAAUUUCAUUCGGCGAAAGAAUCUCAGCCAUGACCUCCUCAACGAGUUGAAGAGGAAAUUGGUGGUUGUCCACAAAGUGCUCAAUGACGCGGAGAUGAAGCAAUUUUCAGACGCACAAGUCAAACAGUGGCUGGUCCAAGUUAAGGAUGCUGUGUAUCAUGCGGAGGACCUGUUGGACGAGAUCGCUACCGAAGCUUUGCGGUGCGAGAUGGAAGGUGCUGACUCCCAAACCGGCGGAACUCAUCAGGCGUGGAACUGGAACAAGGUCCCUGCUUGGGUUAAGGCUCCAUUUGCUACUCAAAGCAUGGAGUCCAGGAUGAAGGAGAUGAUUACUAAACUUGAGACUUUUACUCAAGAAAAAGUUGGGCUUGGGCCGAAAGAAGGUGGGGGCGAGAAACCGUCACCAAGAUUACUAUCCUCUUCUUUGGUGGGUGAGUCGUCCAUUGUGUACGGAAGGGAUGAAAUUAAGGAGGAGAUGGUGAACUGGUUGCUUUCUGAUAACGUAAGAGGCAGCAACAUCGAGGUGAUGUCCAUAGUGGGCAUGGGCGGCAGCGGCAAGACCACACUCUCUCAGUAUCUCUAUAACCAUGCCACAGUGAAGGAACACUUCGAGUUGAAACGUCAACUGGAAAAGAGCGUAGGUAACAAGAAACUUCUGCUCGUUCUCGACGACGUCUGGGACGUAAAGUCUCUUGAUUGGGAAAGUUGGGAUAGACUACGAACUCCACUCCUCGCUGCAGCAGAGGGAAGCAAGAUUGUUGUGACGACUCGUAGUGAAAUUGUUGCAAAACUCAUGGGUGCAGUCAGUACUCAUCGUUUGGGAGAAUUAAGCCCUGAAGAUAGUUGGGCCCUAUUUACAAAAUUUGCAUUUCCAAAUGGAGAUUCCAGCGCUUACCCUCAGCUUGAACCCAUAGGCAGAAAGAUUGUGGACAAGUGCCAAGGAUUGCCUUUGGCUCUAAAAGCACUCGGGACGCUCUUGUACUCUAAGGCCCAACAAAGAGAAUGGGAAGAUAUUUUGAAUAGCAAAACAUGGCAUUCCCAGAGUGGUCAUGAAAUUCUUCCGUCUCUUAGAUUGAGUUAUCUGCAUCUUUCUCCUCCUGUGAAGCGUUGUUUUGCUUACUGUUCAAUUUUUCCCAAGGAUUAUGAAUUUGACAAAGAGAAGCUGAUUCUAUUAUGGAUGGCAGAAGGGCUUUUACACGCAGGACAAAGUGAUGAAAGAAUGAAAGAGAAAUUGCCUAAUUUUACUGUGGGCAAAGAAAGUGGAUUCAGAUUUGGAGAAUUGUGGAAGCUUUCAGAGAUUCGAGGAAGACUUGAAAUUUCAAAAAUGGAGAAUGUGGUGGGUGUUGAGGAUGCAUUGCAGGCGAAUAUGAAGGAUAAGAAAUACCUUGAUGAGUUAUCCUUGAAUUGGAGUCGGGGGAUUAGUCAUGAUGCUAUACAAGAUGAUAUUCUCAAUAGGCUAACACCUCAUCCAAAUUUAAAAAAACUGUCCAUUCAACACUAUCCUGGUCUAACAUUUCCAGAUUGGCUUGGAGAUGGAUCAUUUUCAAAUCUUGUGUCCCUUCAGCUUUCGAAUUGUGGGAAUUGCUCAACAUUGCCGCCACUGGGGCAGCUACCUUGUCUUGAACAUAUAAAGAUCUCCAAAAUGAGUGGAGUAGUGAUGGUGGGUAGUGAGUUUUAUGGGAAUUCUUCUUCCUCGCUUCAUCCCUCCUUCCCAUCCCUGCAAACUCUAUCAUUUGAAGAUAUGUUCAAUUGGGAGAAAUGGUUAUGUUGUGGAGAAUUCCCUCGUCUCCAGGAGCUUUCUAUAAGGCUAUGUCCAAAACUCACUGGGGAAUUACCAAUGCACCUUUCUUCAUUGCAGGAACUUAACCUUAAAGAUUGUUCGCAACUGCUUGUGCCUACACUCAACGUUCUUGCCGCCCGUGAAUUGCAGUUGAAAAGGCAAACUUGUGGGUUCACAGCUAGUCAAACUUCAAAAAUUGAAAUUUCAAACGUCUCUCAGUUGAAGCAACUUCCACUGGUACCCCACUAUCUCUACAUUAGAAAAUGUGAUUCUGUGGAGUCUCUACUAGAGGAGGAAAUCCUGCAAACCAACAUAUGCCAUCACCCGGUUCUCGAAAAUCUAACAAUCAGUGGUGAUGCCUGUGAUUCUCUCUCGUUGUCCUUCUCAAUAUUGGACUUCUUCCCCAGGUUGACUAAUCUCCAUGUAUUUGAUCUUGAGGGGCUUGAGGAGCUCUGCAUCUCGAUUUCAGAGGGGGAUCCCACAUCUCUUCGUCAAUUGAAAAUCAAUGGGUGCCCUAAUCUUGUAUACAUCCAACUGCCCACUCUCGACUCGAUAAUUGUUGUUGCACAGAAAGGGUUUGCCUUCCAACCUACGGGAUCUUGCAAUAUGUGGCUACAACCAACACAGGUGGAGUGGGAUUUGCAAAAACUGACCUCUCUUACUCGUUUCACAAUCAAUGGUGGAUGUGAAGGCGUGGAAUUAUUUCCCAAGGAGUGUCUGCUGCCCUCUUCUCUAACUCAUCUUUCAAUCGCGAAUCUUCCAAAUCUCAAGUCUCUUGACAACAAGGAGCUUCAACAACUCACCUCUCUUCGAGAAUUAUGGAUCGAGAAUUGCCCUGAGCUCCAAUUCUCGACAGGAUCUGUUCUUCAACGACUUAUCUCUCUCAAGAAAUUAGGAAUCUACAGGUGCGGAAAGCUCCAAUCCUUAAUAGAAGCGGGUCUUCACCACCUCACCACUCUUGAAACCUUAAUUCUCUUCAAUUGCCCUAAUCUCCAAUACUUGACAAAAGAGAGACUACCAGACUCCCUCUCUUAUCUGAGGGGCUUCAGCGGCACGGCGUGGGAGAGGGGGGUUGGCUUUUCCGGCACGGGGGUGGGUUCCGACGGGAAAAUCUUCCCUCCCGCCUCUCUGAAACGCUACCGUAUCUGCCAGAAUCAUUGGCUGAGCCCCAACUUCUUCGCAUUCUUCCUUGCGACUGUGAGCUCCACGGCUUUCGUGGGAGAGAUGCUCUGCAACUCAGUUAGGUUCAACUGGCUGGCGUGUCCGGCGGCUACGAAGCUCGAAAUGGGUUCCGGCGAGCAAAAAGGAGAAGGUUUUCCAGCGCGAGGGUUCCAACAGGGGAGGAGAGCACGGGGGUUCCAGCGGGGUUGCGAGGUCUUGCUAGCGGGGCCGACGACAGUGGGAGGAAAAAAAAAAAAAGAAGUUGAAUCGGACGAUUCAAAGAGAACCGUCUAG